AUGAUCAAGGUUGCGUGUAUUUUGCUGUUUGUGGCAGUGACUGCCACCGCUGGAGGCUUCCACCAGGAGCACCAUCAGCCAGAACAUCACCACGAGGAGCAUCACGAAGAUCACCACGCGCAUCCCAAGUACAAGUUCGAGUACGGUGUGAAGGACCACAAAACCGGAGACCACAAGAGCCACUGGGAGGAACGCGACGGAGAUGUCGUGAAGGGACAGUACACGCUGCACGAAGCUGACGGCACGGAACGGGUUGUGAAGUACACCGCAGAUCAUCACAACGGGUUCAACGCGGUAGUGGAGACGGUUGGUCAUCCCGUGCAUCACGAGCAUCACCACGAGCCACAGCAUCACCACGUGGAUCAUCACCCGGUUCACGAGCAUCAUCACCACGAGAAGCAUCAUCAGCAACGGUCGGGGCAUUACGACCAUGCGGAGAGUUACAGUAAGCUGUCCCGGUAUGAUUAGGGAGAGUGGCUAG